AUGGGUAAUUCAAACAGUCGUGCACUAUUAAACCAAGAAAUUAAUAUCAACAAUAUUAACAACAAUAAUAAUAACAGUGUUAGUAUCAACAAUAAUAAUACAAAUAUUAACAAUAAUAAUCCACUACUUUUAUCAAUUGGAGAUAUUAAGGAAAAACAAAGAAUUAUUGUUGUUGGUGGUUCAAAGGUUGGAAAGAGCUCAGCUAUCAAUGCUUUGUUGAGAGACGGUGUUUCCAAGAAAGAUCUUGAAGGUCCAGCCAAAGUUGGUGAUAUUAAUCUUGUGGAUGGAUGCACUGAUAAUGUUUAUGCAUACUACAAUGGAAAUCAUAUCCUUCUCGACACUAUUGGUUUCACUGAUCCAAGAUUCACCAUCGAACAAAAGAUUUCUGGAAUUUACGAAGUACUCUUUAACUAUAGAAUUGGAUUCUCUUUAAUCAUUGUUGUGAUGGCACACAAUAGAUUUAGUGAAGAAGAGAAACAACUUUUCAAACUCUAUGAAACUGUCUUUGGCAAAGAUUUCUAUUCGAGAUCAUUACUAUUAAUUACUCAUAAUGAUCAGCCCUCUGUUAGUGAAGAGACCUAUUAUAGAUUGCCUCAUAAUCCAGCAUGCUGGAUUCACACAGUUGCUUCAAAAGUUUGGACCGAAUCGUUUUAUGUGGAUAAUGGUAUCGAUAGAGGUUUCUAUCCAAGAAGAGCAACUACCAAAUCCAAACUUCUAAAGUUAAUUUACCAGCAUAGAUUACAAGAAUCUAUGAUGGAACUUAAAGUUUGUAAAUUGAAACAUCUCCUUGAGUGUAUCGUUCGAUUCUUCAAUUUGAAAGGAAUGACAGAGAUGGAUCGUAUCUACUCUGCGUUCGUUAAGAAUAUCAAAGAAGAGAUUACCAACGAUAUAUUUAUCACACCAUGUUAUCAUACUUUUCAUUUCGAUUGCCUUAGAACAUGGUUACUUAACAAUUCAACUUGCCCUAUCUGUAGAAAAGAGUUACUAAAUUUCGUUUUGUUGGAAGAAAGAGAUUCAGAAAAUCAAAAAGUAGAGAUUUAA